AUGUCUUCCUUCACUUUCUUAUUCCUCUGUAUUCAAGCUUGCUUAAUUCAGAAUGGUCUAACCACACUCAUUGGACCUGCGGUAUACGGAAAUGGCUUUGGGCUCGGGAACUCCGUAGGGGCCGGUUUGACAGCAGCAUCCGCUGAAUUGGCUGGAUGGUAUGGUUGCGAUUCACCUGCAUCCUACAAUGGCCCAAGAGCUUUAGAAAGAGAGAUGGCUGAAUACGCGUAUGGAGCCAGAGCGAUGGAAAGAGACAUGGCUGCAGCGUACGGAGCAAGAGCAGUUGAAAGAGAAAUGGCCGCUGAAUAUGGCAUGGCUCGUAAUGCAGCUAUGUGGAAUGCCCCAGCUUUAGUCCCAGCUCCAAUGGCGUAUGAAUCGGGUAUCGGCGCGUACGGCGGCGAAGGCAUUGGUGACGUAGCUGUAGCCGGAGAGAUGCCAGUAGCUGGUACCACUAUGGUAGCGGGACAGGUGCCCAUACUCGGUGCUGUACGCUUCGCAGGUGACCUACCAGCGGGUGGCGUCGUCACCAUUGCUGGAAGUUCCGGAUGUAGUUACCGAUACAUUUAA